CGCCCCUCCCCACGGGGAGGAAACGGGGCCCUGAAACAUUGUUGCAAUAACAGGAGACAGAGUCGUUGGUGUGUGCUGUUGGCGUGUGCCGUUGGCGUGCGCGGGCCAUGGCGUGCCGGGACGUACACGCGGCCACCGUGACGGCGUUCCUGCUGGGCCUGGCCUCGCUGUGCGGGCUGCUGGCUGGCACCCUGCUGCCCGAGUGGCGGGUGCAGACCCUUCUCUCCGCCAACAAGAACGACCGCAACCUGAGCGUGUCGGACGGGCUGUGGACCAAGUGCGUGCGUUACCAGGGCGGGACGGACUGCGUGGUGUACGACGGCACCUGGUACCGUGGUCUGGACCAACCGGACCUCAGGGUUCUGCAGCUGGUGCUUCCCUUCGCCGGCCUGGUCGGCCUGGUGGCCCUGGGCCUGUCUCUGGUUGGCAUGUGCCACACGGCAAGCAGCCCCGCCCUGCCCACCCCCGGCCCCGGGGCCACCCUGAACGGGUGCCUGGUCAACAGCCCCGGGUGCCACCUGGUGGCGGCGACUCUCCUCCUGCUGGCAGCCGGCAUGACCCUGGCCCCCUCGCUCUGGACCCUGCUUCACACCGCGGAGCUAAACCGUCGCUACCAGCCCAUCUGGGCGCCGGGGGUCUGCGCCUACAUGGCCCUGGGCAGUGCCGGGGGGCUGCUGCUCUCCUCCGGCCUCUUCUAUCUGUGGUACUGCGCCUGCCGGGCCCUCCCCUCCCCGUUCUGGCAGCCGCUCAGCUCCGGGUACCCCGAGAGUGCGGUGUCCUACCCCACCACCCUGACCUACGCCUCCGGACCCUAUUCCCGGCGUUCCAGACUUUCCACCAUCGAGAUCGAUAUCCCCGUCCUCCUCAGUCCGUCCUGAACCUCACGGCGGGGGAGUGGGGUGGGGGCGUUGGUUAUGAGGGGCACUGGGGGCACAGACCCCCAGGGGAGGGGAACCAAACCCUCACCCGGAAACUAGAGACGAAUAGUACUAUCCUUUGCAUUCGACCCGGCGCCUCAUCACGUCGUCGAGACGUCUCAAAGCGCUUCACAGGAUACACCGCAAAGUGUAGUGACUGUGUAUUUAUAUUAGCCCCCCACCCCCUAAGGUUUCUCCCUGCCCAGGAAUCGAAUCUGCUCUAACCUCUGCACUACAGGACUCCACAACCUGUGGAGAAAGACGGAAGCUAUUUCCGCUCGGGGAGGCUGGAGGGAACUGGGAGGUGGGGGGUAGAUUCCCGGCGCUCUUUCCCCACCACCAAUCAACAAGAAUUCCCUGCAAUUCCCAGCCUCCGAGCGAGCUGUAUAAACGAAUGUCAUUGUUGUCACGUCCAGCGGAGUGUGUUCAGUCGCCCUCCAUCCUGUCCCUCCCUCUGGCUUUCAUGUGGGAGCUGUUUCCUCCCUCACCCCUCUCGGAACACACAUAGAAACAGGACGAGGCCAUUCAGCCCCUCGAGCCUGUUCCGCCACGCUAUAAGAUACUACGCGUCUCAACUCCAAUGACCCGCCUUUGCCCCGUUUCCCUCCAUACCCUGACCCGAACAAGUGUCUGUCCUCCUCGGUCACACACUCAAUUCUUAAGGGAAACUGACUUCCAAACGCAGAUUGGUAUUAAAAAUUUCUCACGUUUGUCGAUUUUGGCGGUUUUAUAUGUAUAUAUAUGUGUAUGUUUUUUAAUCCCCGAGUCAUCGCUCGUCACUUUGUACGUUUGUCCACAGUUUUGUAAAGUCGGGGUCUGAACGAAGCUGUGAAUCAGAUUCUCGAGACUGUUUUUGAAUUAAAAAGAUACCUUCCGAGUAAAAA